GUCGUGACCGGAAGUCCGUCCGAAAGAGGGGCGGCCGCGCGUCAGGUGACGGCAGUCGGCUUGGAGGAGGUCCGGGCUUAAGAGACUGAGUAAGACUGGCUUGUGCGCCGGCGGACUGGAUAGAGCGGGGCCCCGCGAGAAUUUCCUGGGAAGAAGCAUCACUGGAAGCUUUGCUGACAGCCAAGGAUGGCAAGCAAAGGGCCGUCGGCCUCUGCGUCUCCUGAAAAUUCCAGCGCAGGGGGUCCCAGCGGUACUAGUAAUGGGUCUGGCGAGAACGGAGGGCAGGACAGCACCUUUGAGUGCAACAUAUGUCUGGACACAGCCAAGGACGCCGUCAUCAGCCUGUGUGGCCACCUCUUCUGUUGGCCGUGUUUACAUCAGUGGUUAGAGACCAGACCUAACAGACAGGUAUGUCCAGUUUGCAAAGCUGGCAUCAGCCGAGACAAAGUCAUCCCACUGUAUGGCAGGGGCAGCACCGGUCAGCAGGACCCCAGAGAGAAGACCCCUCCUCGUCCUCAAGGCCAGAGGCCAGAGCCGGAAAAUAGAGGGGGAUUUCAAGGAUUUGGAUUUGGAGAUGGUGGAUUCCAGAUGUCAUUUGGAAUUGGGGCAUUUCCAUUUGGUAUAUUUGCCACAGCAUUUAACAUAAAUGAUGGACGGCCUCCCCCAGCUGUCCCUGGGACACCCCAGUACGUGGAUGAACAGUUCCUGUCACGCCUUUUCCUGUUUGUAGCCCUGGUGAUCAUGUUCUGGCUCCUGAUUGCCUAGGGCUGGGCUCCGUCCUGUCUGCAUCCAUAGCAAAGCCUCUGGACUGGUGAUGUGCCACCCCCGUUCCUGGUGUUUGGCUUCCUGGCUACUCCUGACCCCAGAGUCGGAUCAGAAACACGUCAAGGAGUCUGUCCUCUCCCUUAGAGCUGCGGAACUCAAGAUCAGCUGAUGAGGACCCCCAAGUGUCACCACUGCGUAAACAGUCCUUUUGUCACCUCGGGCCUUGGUGUUGAGUCCCCCCUCAUGGGCGGCAAUGUGAAGUCCUGUUCAUCAAGUUCUGAGUACACACAGGGAAGUGAUGGGAAAGAAAGAAACAGAUUAUCUUUACCCUGAGUUUUAUAUUGCGGAAACAAAGGGAUGAACUAAAUGGUAUUUAUGGAAACUUACUUUUAUCUCUUUAAAUACCCCUUAAUAAGUGGCCUCCAAAGUGGACUGCUUCUACAGAGAGGGUCCCUUCCGGAUUCCAGUACUGGUCUGUCUGUCUUCCCCUCUCUCAGCAGAGACAUAAGAAAUUGCUGUCCUGGGAAGACCAUAAUUGCAUCAGCUGAAGCUGGAGUUGCUUCAUGAAUUUACCCAAGACUCAGGUCUUUUACUUACCCAGGCUUUGCUGGUUUCUUGGCCCUCAAAGCUGCUUGAAUGAUCUCCUAGCUUCCUGGUGUAGAUUGUCCCUACUUGAGACAUGUCACUGCACUCAGAUUUCCCAUCAAGUUUCUCCUCAAAAUUAAGUGCAUCUGCCUCUCUCCUUCAGAGGGAAGAGAGCCUAGACUACUGCUAACCUGAGACUGGCUGCUCUGCUUCAGAGUUCCGAUGACAGAGGAACAACCAAACAAGCAGGCCCUGCCCCUAGGGCGCAGAAGCUCUGAUUACAUCUCCCAGCACUCACCCAGAGAAGACUGGAGGCUCCAUCAGGGCCACCCAGUGCAUGUGCAAGAACACCAACCUCAGAAGCCCAGUUCUCCUUUUAAAGAGACAGGGAGUUGGGGUACCCACCUGUGAUCCUGAUUUUGGUAUGGCUCCAUAGAGUCCCUGAAAACUUGUACAUAUGCCAAAGCCAGGGGUGGAUGUGAAUCCAGGAGAGACUAUAUUUUCCAGGUCUGAUUUGUUUUUCAGUUUCCUAAAGUGCUUCCUCCAGAUCUGACCGCAGGAAUGUGGCGCUGGGCAGGUGAGGCAGUUCUUGCACUGCCCACCAAGCUACAGCUUGGAAACUAGCUUCUCCCUGGAGCUGUCAGUGGUGAUGCGAGAUGGGCUUCUGCUGGGGUCUCUUGCUCACUCCUCCAGCCCACACUGCUCCUGGCUUGCCUGCAGCAAUAACCACUAAAUGGAAGAAAGCCUUACCUGGUGCUUUUUCCACAUCCAACAAUAUAAUGUAUGGAAACCAAGACCUUGAGGAUGGUGAGGAAACCCUCCUUCCCACCGCAUAGUCCCCGCCCCUCUCCACACACCUGCCGAUGCCAGUGUUCAGACAAAACUGUAAAGUAUUGAGUAGGUGGGUUGGUUAGGCAAAUUCACUUGCUAGGAAUAAGCCACCAACUUUAUAGUGUGCCUGACGGGUUUUUAACAUUCAUGGGCAUCCCCUCAAGUGUUCUCUUUGUCCCCUAGAAAUCCCCGGUAUAGGGGUCCCUAGGGGGUCUCUGUUCUAGAGAAAAUUGGUAGGUCCUCUCGUAGUGUGGCUCUAACUAGUACAGGGAAAACUUUAAUCAGUGUACUUAAAGAUACGAGUUUCCAGAAGAAAGAUUAAAGAAGAGUUGUGAGUAGAAAAAAUUAUUUGAACAUUUUUGAAAUGUGGUGAGCCCAGGAGAGCUCUACCAGCAACGACAUCCAGGAACACACUGUUAGUAAAGCUGGGGUGGCAACAUGCCUCUUGUGAACCUUAUAGGUCCCCAUGCACCUCCGACUGGGAGCUGGGCAGGAGAGCCAGCUUGGGAGCCCCCUGCCCUCGACAGGGUAGCCUCCAUAGGAUCACCACUCACCCUCGGCCACAGCAGCUUUUCUUUCGUGUGUGUGUGUGUGUGUGUGUGUGUGUGUGUGUGUGUGGUCUUCUCAACCUCUGUCCUUCUGCCACCCUCAUGGAUAAGGACCAGGUCCUGACCACAGUCAGAACAUGGCAAUAUGUACAGCAGCACACCUUUACCAGUCACUAAUUUUCACUGUUGUGAAAGUGAUUUGAUUUAGAAUUAAAUAAAUGGUUUUACAUUA